AUGGCGCAAGGCGAUCCAAACAAGCCACCAACAGUCCCAAGUGGUUGGCUUGCAAAAUUCGAUGAUAAAUACAAAACAUGGUUCUAUGUUGACUUGGCGACCAAGAAAUCACAAUGGGAGGCGCCAAAGGAUACAGUAUUUGAUAAAGGCGAUGAUGUCCCGCCUCCAGCUUAUAGUCCGAACGCCUCCAAAGCAGAAACCGCAUCUCCAGCCCCUUCUACACUGAAUGUUCCUCCUAAAGACGCGCAAGGUAAAGGUCUAUUCAACCGUCCACAGCAACAACAACCAGGCUACGGUGGUGGUGUGCCACCUCAACAAGGAUACGGCGGAUAUCCACCUCAACAAGGCUAUGGAUACCCUCCUCAGGGCUACGGUGGCUACCCUCCUCAAGGUUACGGAGGUUACCCUCCACAAGGAUAUGGUCAAUACCCUCCACAACAACAACAACAGCAGCAACAGCCACAAAGAAGUAGAUUUGGCGGAGGAGCAGGUAACAUGGCUUUAGGAGUAGGUGGUGGUUUACUAGGAGGUAUGCUUCUUGGAAAUGCCAUCAAUGGUUGGGAAGAUCAUGAGAGAAUGGAAGGUUACCAAGAUGGUUACCAAGAUGGCUAUGAUAAUGGCGACUAUGGUGGUGGUGAUGAUUUCGGCGGUGGUGAUUUCGGUGGCGGUGACUUUUAA